AUGACAAGAUCCAAAAAAAAAAGUAUUCCAAUAGCAAAUCCAGUUAACUUGCGCAGCAUUCAACAACUAUCUCGUUUGGCAACAAUCGGCGUUUUCAUGUCUUUUCUUAUUCAAUACAUGGCUAGCGAGCGCCUACCGGCAAGUACAUUAGAAAUGAAUGCUAAUCACAAAGACAGUGAUGCUAUUGGUCGUUAUCUUUGGUUUCGACCCACAUUAUACUCAGAUUCAAAUGAGAAUAUCUUCGAAGACGGCAAUGGUUUAAGAGAAAUGUCUCCAUUAUUAUCUAAACUUGUUUCCAUUUACAACGAACAUGACCGUAACAAUCGACCAGAUUUGCUUUCAUCGCCUGUUCGACGAUCGAACUUCUGGAAACGCGCAAAUUUCUGGCGUAAGCGCGCCAAUUUCUGGCGACGAGAUUUAAGUUCCCAACAAAACAAACAAGUGAUGUAA